AUGGGAUCAUAUAUUUGUAAAUGUCCCAGAAAUCAUUGGAGGCCACCACCAUCAAAGCUCUUCAAAAUAAACUUUGAUGGUGUUGUCUUCUCACACGAUAAAAAAACAGGCAUAGGAGUUGUUAUUAGAGAUUACAAAGGCUUAGUGAUUGUAUCAUGCUCAAAGCUGGUACACCAGGAAUUAUGCAGUGCUGAUAUUGAGGCGAUAGCUGCAGGUUGGGCUCUUUCUUUUGCACUGGAUGUGGGAGUGAAACGAGCUAUCUUGGAGGGAGACUCAUUGACUGUUAUUGAAGGGUUAAUGGAGGAAGAAAGGCUACUGGUACCACCAGGUUUGCUCAUAGAGGAUGCCAAUCAGUUGUCUCAAUGCAUCGAUGAAUUACUUUACUCUCAUACAAAAAGGGACCGUAACACUUUAGCUCAUAGUUUGGCUAGAUAUGCCCUUGGUAUUUUAGAUUUUUUAGUUUGGAUGGAGAAUGUUCCUCCACAGUUUCAAGAUAUACUUCAAGCCGAUUUAUUAGGCUUAUCUGAAUAA